AUGGAGGAGCUGCAGCAGCUCCAGGUGCAGGAGGCGGGGGACUCCAAGGGGAAAAGUCUGGAGAGAGAGAACAUCCGGAAGAUGCGGGGCCCCAUGUUCUGGUGCAGCGCUGGCUGUUGUGAGGACAGCCAGGCGUCCAUGCAGCAGGCGCACCUGUGCGUGGAGCGCUGCCAUGCACCUCUGGCUCAAGCCCAGGCCCUGGGGACCCACGAGCUGCAGAAGCGCCAGGACCACCUAUUCCAGGGCAUUAUGCAUGGCAACAACAAAGCCAAAGAUUCAAUAGAUGCGGGGAGUAAAGGGCUUUGGGUGAAGCGGCAGCUAGAGAGUUGUGUGACCAAGUGUGUGGAUGACCACACGAACUUCAUCCCAACCAUGACCAAGAAGACGAAGUCUCUCUCGUCCAUUGGGAGAUAGAUGUCUGCUAUUGGCCAUCAGCACUGAGGGCAGGGAGCUAUUUAAAAAGAGGAAUGGGGAUUUGAGUCUUUUAAGGAAAGUUUAUGAGUGAGGAAAUUAAAGAUGGCUGCAAGUUGAAGGCCUAUGUCACUUGCCUGUGGACACUGGUUCCUCUGUGUUUCAAUCCUAGAAAGCGAAAUGGAAAAAACUGGUGCUAAAAUUGGGGCCGGAGAUAGCGCA